AAACAAGUCGCCGCCAUGCGCUUCGGUGCGCGGUUGCUUCAUGCACCAGUGAAAACUGGAAUCCGAUCCUUCGCUGGAAACAUGGUUCAACGAAGACAGAACUCUUCGAAUGCCUUCACUGAGGAGCUCAUGAAGAAAUUCGGACUCACGACACCUAUCCACACAACGCCAGCCCCUGAUUUGAACAAGUACCUCGACAACAUGGCUUCGCCUGAGGCCAAGGCACAUGGAGAAGCUUUGAAGGCCAGGAUUGCUGAUAUCAAUUCCAGAUUGGCCUCUGCCAUGAAGGCAAAACCAGUGAACUGGGAGGAGUAUGAGAAGACUGUUGGAUAUCCUGGCUUGGUUUCCAUGUUGAAGGAGCGCUUGGAUUCUUUUGAGGCAACGAAAUUCAGCAGCCCAUAUCAGCAGGAGCUGCAGACUCGCUUUGCGGAAAUUAUUGAAGAAGCCGAGGCUUUGACUAAGCAAGCUCAAGAUGCUAACAAGGAGCUCGAAGCAAGAUUGAAUGAAUUGGAGCAGCAAUCUUCCUGGGAGGACGUGACCAUCGCCGAAGCGCUGGAGCGUGAUCCUGCAAUCAAGCGCGAGAUUGAGCAGGACAUUGAGAAAGGACACUUCUGGGUGCAAUGAAGCGAAAGGACAUUGCACUCCCCAAUGGUUGAUUAGGAUGAGCUGGAUGGAUUCUAGACCUUGCAUGACGAUCAAAGUUGGAAAAAUAAUUAAAUGCAGGCAGCAGAC